AUGACCACGUGCGGCUACGAGGGAAGCACAUCCUCGAGCUCGCGGCGGCCACGGCGGCGCGAGUCACGACCGCUGCGAGUCUGUCUUCUGGUGGCGGUGUCCGGUGCUGUGCUCUGGCACCAAGCGGGAAAUGCCUUUGUGACAGCUCUGCCGCCGCAGAGCCGUGGCCGCCUAGUGGGCUCUCUGAGGCUUUCGGCACUACCUGACGAGGAUGGUGUCAGCUUGUAUGAUGCGGAGGUUGUGGGCGAGACCGACCUAGACGAGCUAACUUCAGAUGAGCUGACUGUGAGCUCCCUGAGCUCCCAAGCCCAACCUGAGAGGAGCCGCGGAAGAGACAGCGCCGCGCGUGGCGCGCGUGGCAGAGCUCGGUGGAAGCCCCCGGGCCAGGUGGCGCUUGACCCGAAGUUCCGGCGCGAGGGCUUCUUCCAGAGAGCCGAUCUUCCAAGGCUGGAUCCCAUGGAGUUCGACCAGCGUCAGGUCCUCCAGACGCUUUCUGUGGAGGAGCUCGAGGCUCGCUCCUCCUUCCGCUGGGGCUUGGAUGCCAAGCGGAACGAUCGGCGCAAGCUCAGGAAAGGAUCACGCGUUCCGCGCGAGGACCGUGAGGAGGGAGGUUCUGGAAGGUGGUCGGAAGGGGAGCAACGACCCGAGGGUGACUCGGACCCGGAUCCAGAGUACAACCCUUUCAAGAGCCGUCCUCUCAGGCAGCGCAUGCGGAAGCCCCGGGUGAAGCCGGCUCCUCCUACUCAGACGGCCCCGUGUGUGGCAAACGCCCUGAACAAGACGACAUCCAGACGUCCGAAGAGGUUAAGUUCCUGGCUUUUGAACACCAAGGUCCCAAAGGAGAAAGAUCCUGCUGCCACAAGGAAGCUGCCACAACGGGAAUCCGGAUCGGAAGAUAGGGUUGGCUCCUCUGUGUACCGCAAGAUGUACAAGGCCGUCAUGCGGAACUACGGCCCACUUCCAUGGGAGCGCGUGGAGGGGCAGACAAGCUGGCUGGACCCGGCGAAUCAAAGCUGGGAGGAGCUAGGUAUGGACAGCCCGGAGAGCCUCAGCGUCAUGGACCUCUUGCAGGACUUCGGAGUGAAGACGCCGAACAGACUGCAGUCUUUGGCCUUGCCGGCCAUCUUUUCGGGUAGUGAUGUGAUGCUCACCUCAACGACGGGAUCUGGGAAAACUCUGGCUUUCCUUCUCCCGCUUCUGCAUCGCUUCGUCUUCCCCCUCGGGCAGGAGGACCUCCGGAGGUAUCGCUCGAAGUUGCCUCAUCACCUUCAGCCCAAGAUUCUCAGCAAGCCGAAGAUUCUUGUGGUGGCCCCCGGCCGGGAGCUCUCGAGGCAAACUGCGCGGGUCAUCGCCGACCUCCUGAGACCUUUCCCACAGCUCAAUGUCACGCUCUUGGUGGGCAAGGACAACCACAAGCGUCAGGACGAGCGGCUUGCGGAGAGGCAGCCUGUCGUUAUUGUUGGCACUCCUGGAAAGCUGAUGGACCACUCCAUGGAGGGCCGUUUGAUUCUCAGUGAGCUGGAUGCCAUCGUCUUUGACGAAGUCGAUGCCCUCCUGAGUAUGUCUCGUAAGGACCACCUGCAGCUUCUUCUGCAGCACAUCGGCGUCAACGAACAAGCCCAGCGGAUUCUGGUAUCUGCCAGUGGAUCCAUGGAAGGGAAUGCCCUGGAUUUUGCAGAGACCAUCUUACGGGAUAACUGGAAGCUCGUUGGGCCCAGGCAUGGGAUGGAGCUGCCGAAGCGAGUUCUCCAUCUCGUGAACGGUGCUCCGGACGUGGACAAAAAGCUCAGCUUCCUCAGGCGCUUGUCCACCUCGGACCCUGCCUGUAACAGCUUCAUCGUCUUCUGCAACAACCAUGAGCGUGUCCGCAAGGUGGCGGAGCAGAUGGACAAGCAGCUGGGCAUUCCAACCGAGUACCUCACGGGCAACCGAUCGAAAGAAGCUCGUGACAUGGCCAUCUACCGUGUGGCCAAGGGACAGGUUCAGGCCCUGGUCUCCACCGACGCGGCCAUGCGGGGUCUCGAUUUCAAGGACCUGACUCACGUGGUGAAUUUUGAGCUCCCGGGGGAUGCUGCGACCUAUGCGCAUAGAGCCGGUCGUUGCGGCCGCAUGGGCUUCAAUGGCAUCGUCGUGAGCCUAGCCUCGGGUGGCUAUCAGAACAAGAGGUUGCGAAGUUAUGCCGACACCCUCAACUUCGAGCUUUUUGAGGCCAAUGUCAACGAAGGUGUGCUGGGAGCGGAUCUGAGCAUGACCUAUUCUCCGAGACUGCGGAACCAGAGUGUGCGACUCUAA